CUUUAGAUUCACAUAUAUUAUUCAACGAGUUGUGUUAACAAUACAACGGCAUACAUUUGUGAAUAUUUUAGAAAAUAAUUUAAUUAGUUACACAAAAUGUUUAAAUUGUUGGUAAUUUGUAGUGUAGUAACAAUGUCUUACGGUAAACCAGGAGGUUUGCUGGACGGAGGAUAUGGUGGACAUGCAGGAUAUGGUGGAAUUGGAGGAUAUGGUGGACAUGGAGGAUACGGUGGACAAGGAGGAUAUGGUGGACACGGAGGAUAUGGAGGAUACGGCCAUUCUGGAUUAGCUCCAGCUACUAGUUACAGCUCCCGUGUUGACUACCCUUCACCACACGUUAAAACAUAUGUGGCACCUGCAGCGAGCUAUCACAGUGCUCCCUUGGUAUCUUCGCACGGACUUGGUCAUGGAUAUGACGAGGGUUUAGGAUACAGUAAUGGAUUAGGUCAUGGUUAUGGUGGAGACCAUAGUUAUGGUGGAUACAACAAUGGAUAUUCUUUAGGAGGAGACGGUCAUGGCUGGUAGUUAAUUUAAUUUUAUAAUAAAAUGGCUGUAUAUAUUAUUAGGCUACUAAAUUUAUUUAUGUGUUCAUUUGGAUAUUUUGUAAAACGUAAAAAAUAAAUAAAUUAUUUUUAA